AUGAAUUCAUUUGAAAUUUUAUUUAAACAACUCAAUAAAAUUCUAAUAAAAGAUACUUCAGCUAUUUUAAUAGAAAUUAAUAAAGCAAGUAAAUUUACUUUAAACAUAAAUAAAUUAGAUAUAAGUUAUAAGAAGUUUAGUAAGGAAUUAGAGUUAAUUAAAUUUAUAAAAAAAAUGAAUUUAGAGUAUCAGAUAGAAAUUAGAAUAUUUGAGGAUGUUGAUUCUAAUGAAUUAUAUAAUGGCAUUGUAUUUGGUAUUGAUAGACUUAUUUUAGAGAAUUAA